CUCAUUUGCUGUGAACCUGCCGUGAACUGAGCUUUUUAACUGAGGUAAUACGAGGGCAAGUGGAAAUGUUGGAGAACAGUGAAAAUAUGACCGUUUGAUUCUGUGUAUAUACAGACAAUUUUAGACAGGCAGUAAAAAGUAAUAUCAUGCUACGCAACUCGGUCAGCCUACUUCGGAAUCUUUCAUCAGAACAGUGUCCGAAAUGUACACAAUUGUUUCUCAAGUUGUCACGCCCGUUAAGUAAUAGCAUUGGACUCCAGUCUCACAAUGAUAACAGCCGUCUUCAGAACCCACCAUCAAAGAGCUUCCACAGAGUGUCACCGCAGAUUGAAAUACCAGAUGUAAAGCCCAAGGCAUUCAGGGGUCUGGAAACUGAUUUUCCAUGUCUGACUAAAAAUGAUGUGAGCGGCCCCGAACCUGAAUAUCAUAAAGUUGUGUCAGGAUUUAAGAAAUUUUACUACACUAAACCAUACCACCUAAAAUACAACAAUGCAGUGCUGCCAGAGCUGGAGGUAGCCUAUGAAACAUGGGGUGAGCUGAAUGAAGACAAGUCCAAUGCGGUCAUAAUUCAUGCUGGACUGUCAGCUAGCUCGCACGCUAAGAGUCACAAGGAAAACACCAACCCUGGAUGGUGGGAGAAAUUUGUUGGUCCCGGAUUUGCUGUGGAUACUAAUAAAUUCUUUGUCAUUUGUACAAACACAAUCGGAAGUUGUUAUGGUACCUCAGGUCCAUCAUCAAUUAACCCACUGACUGGUGAAUGUUAUGGGACAACUUUUCCUUUACCCUCUGUAGAUGACAUGGUGCAUGUUCAGUUCCUGCUGUUGGAUCAUCUAGGAAUAAACAAACUACAUGCAUCUGUAGGAUCCUCACUUGGUGGGAUGUGUUCACUGAAUGCUGCUGCCCUUUAUCCAGACAGAGUUCGAAGGGUGAUAUCUAUAUCUGGUUGUGCCCGAUCACAUCCCUCAUCCAUUGCUAUGCGGUACCUGCAGCGGCGCUGCAUCAUGACUGAUCCAGAAUGGAAGAAAGGUCACUACUAUGGCAAGUCGUACCCUAAAAUGGGUAUGAAACUAGCAAGAGAGAUUGCAACAAUUACCUACCGAAGUGGUCCAGAGUGGGAACAACGAUUUGGUAACAAACGUAUUGAUGAGAAUGAAGAACCAAGUCUGUGCCCAACUUUCUCAAUAGAAAGCUACAUUGAGUACCAAGGAGAAACAUUCUGCAACAAAUAUGAUCCUAAUUCAUUACUUUAUAUUUCUAAGGCAAUGGAUUUAUUUGAUAUGAGUGAUGGAUUUGAUUCUUUGCAAGAGGGCUUGAGCAGGGUCAAGUGUCCAGUCAUGGUCAUUGGUGUCCAAACUGACAUCCUGUUUCCAGUUUGGCAGCAGAGGCAGCUUUCUGAUCUCCUUAAGAAUUCAGGUAAUGAUGCUGUGACAUACUAUGAACUCAAUUCCUUAUAUGGUCAUGACACGUUUCUUCUUGAUGUAAACAAUGUUGGAGCAGCAGUUAAGGGUCAUCUUGAGAGUCUGUCAGUGUCAGAGGAACCACUAUCAACUUCCAAUCCAUCCUCUGAUCAAUCAUCCUCCUCAUUCUCUUAACCGUCAUACAUCUUGUUUAACAGUAGCCGGACCAAAGGGCCAUCUCGAAACUGAUUUGACUUCAUCAAAUUGAAUGGUGACCAAUAAACAUGCUAGAAUUCAGGUGAAAAAAUUAUUCAAACCUGUGCAGAUCUGAGUGGCCAUCUCUUUUGUGAAUAAUCCACAAUUGAAUAGUAUUAAUUGAUCAUGAUGCCUUGUUGAUAAGCAGUCUCACCAUAUUUUAAAUAAUUGCUUCAUGGAACAGUAUUGCUUUCUCAGGAAUAUGUUUUUAACUUUUAUUUAAAAAAAUAAUUGUUAAUUUUGUAUAUUUAAAAAAUGCAAGAUAUUAGCUUUCAAUUUGAAAAUUUAGUAUGAGAAAUUAUUUUCAAUCGUAAUUAACAGACAGUUGUAUUGGCUGGAAGAAACUUACAAAACAAGGCUAAGAGCCACUCUUGGUAAUGGGCUAGAAAUCAUGUGCUCAGGAGAACUAAAAGAAUUCACAUUCCUCUUGUCUUGUAUUCAAUAUAGAAAAACGAUUGGGCAUGGCAGGUUCUGACACCAAUCUGUACCAGUGUGGCAAGGUGCAGAUACCUGCACUACAGUGUCGCUCGAUCAGAAUGCUCGGCGAUCAUGCUACAGUCGACAGUGAAUUCAGGGCUUGGCUGCAAGUCUCAAAACUUGCCUUUAAAACAGUUUAUAGAAAACGGAAAUAUUUCUGUAUUUUAUGUAAAUUUUUAAGACAAUUUGUACUAUUGAUACAUAUUUUUAAUAAACACUUAAAUUGGUAAUCAAAUCAGAAAAAGUAGAUACUUAGCAGAUCUUUUUUAAUUGAUUUUUAAGGAGUUUCCUACAGUGCAUCUUAAAAAGAUAACUAGCAACUGAAAAGAAAUGUAAAUUUUAAAACAUAGGAAAAAUCAAUAUUUAUAACUUGUUGAUGUUUAUAAACAAGAAUUAAAAAUAUAACUGGACUGCUUGUAAUUAAGAUAUUUUCUUGCAAGAAAAAAGUAUAUAAUACAGUUAUAAUGAUAAAAUAUACAUGUAGAGUUAUGUUAUUGCAUGGUGAAUCAUGGCUUUGAACUCCACUACAAUAAUUAUUAAAUGGGGUAGACACUUGUAAGCAUAAUAUUAAUUUUUAAUAGUUUAUUAUUUGAUCUAACAUUCCAUAAUAGAAUGAAUACAGCUUUGAAUGUCUGAAUGUAUCUGGUCAUGUAGGAGAACUUUAGUUGUCUUACUGUAGGUUCCAAAUGUUGAAGCUACACUAAAUGUUUGUCCAUAAGGCGAGAUUUUUUUUAUACCUGGUUUAGUGAACCUGCUGACUAAAUAUUGAUGAUUUUGAAUAAAAACAAAAUUUUACUUUUGGCCAAUUAGCGCACACGCCGCCACGAAAAAGUGGACAUUUCAGAAAAAAUAUAAAAGUUUUUCUUUAUUUUUACUACGCGCUCCGCUGGCUUGAAGUCUCCAAAUAUAAGAUAUGUAUAUUUCUUCCUAAUUAUGUGAAUUUGAAGCAUUUAACCAUCCCAUUUUACAUUCACCAAUAACAUUUUAUUUUUAUUUUCUCCUCCAUCUGGUUGUUUUUGGCAAAACUUAUUUGCUAAAUAAGAAAACAAAAUUGGUAUUUUUAUUCCGCCCUACUCCGGUGAUCUUUAAAAAAAUAAGUACGCAAAACAAGGAAUAAAAAAGUCUUGUCUAAGUGAUAUAACUUUGGCCUGCCCAUAUAUAUAAAUCAAAAAACAUUUGUCAAAGAAAACUAUGUUAAGGACAGAAUUUGAAUACAAUUGUAUUAAAUAUAUUAUUAUAUAGUAACAUUUAUUAAUGCUUUGAAGUCCAAAAAAUAUGAAAUAAUGUUCAUCAAUGUGUGUAUGAAUGUGUUGUAAAACAAUUUAAAUCAGUUUUAUAAGUGUGGUAUAAUAUUCAUAGUAUGUGAAACAUGGAUACUGUUAACAUUUGGAUAAAUCAUUAAUUAAAUUGUCAAGCUCAAAAAGUUAAGUUGGAGUACAGUAUUAUGUUCAUAUACUAUGUUUUUAUCUGAAAAUUACAAGUUACAAUUUUA